GUGGGAGAGGAGGAGGGCAGAGAUAGAGAGGGGGGUUGGAGGGGGUUACGGUGAGGAGACAGGACAGCCGUACCCUUACCCUCCAGAGUAUUUUCUCCUGAAGGGACAAGCAGGAGAGAACGGACAAGCUGGACCAAAGGGUGAAAUUGGAGAAAAUGGGCAAAAGGGAGAACCAGGCAUCGGUCACAGAGGUCCAGAGGGCCAGGCUGGUCCUCCAGGCCAGAAGGGUCAACCCGGGGAGUCAGGACCUACUGGUGCACAGGGCAUCCAGGGUAUCAGUGGUAACACAGGCAUCCAAGGCUCUCCAGGCCUGAGGGGACCGCCAGGAGAUGCAGGAGAGCCCGGCAGAGAGGGAGAGCGGGGUAAAAGGGGGAAGAAUGGAUCACCUGGAGCUCCCGGACCUCAAGGAGCAGGGGGACCGCUUGGUCCUUCUGGUGAGCCUGGAAUAAAAGGAGAAAAGGGUGACAGUACUCCUGGAGAGCCUGGUGCCAGGGGGCUGUCUGGCUUUCCAGGCAGAAGAGGUGAUAAAGGGGCUCCAGGUAUCAAAGGAACUCUAGGGCAUAUUGGUCUGAAAGGCUUACGUGGCGGCAAAGGUGAAAAGGGCGACCGGGGGUUAGCUGGAAUCCGUGGAGAAAGGGGGAGUGUGCUACAAAUCCAAGGACCUCGUGGGUUUAAGGGCUCCAAAGGAGACGGAGGUGAGCGAGGUCCACCAGGCUUUGAUGGCGAUAAAGGAGAAAAGGGCGAGGAUGGUCCACCUGGAGCCAAGGGCGUAAAGGGUGAUGCAGGUACUAAAGGUGCAUUGGGACGGUUUGGAGCGCGAGGACCAGUAGGCCAGAAGGGAGAUCCAGGAGAGCCAGGACUUAAUGGAGUGAUGGGUCAAAAUGGGGACCAUGGAGUGGAUGGGGCCAAGGGGGACAAAGGAGAUUUAGGACUGCAGGGCCUGAAGGGUGAUCAGGGGGAUUCAGGAGAACCAGGCUUACCAGGAGACGAAGGAGAGAAAGGCGAGAAGGGUUUCAGAGGUUUACCUGGACGCAUAGGGAGUCUUGGCCUGGAUGGGGAGAAGGGAGAUAUGGGAUUGCAUGGCACAGCAGGCAUACCUGGACUAAAUGGACUCACAGGGCGGAAGGGUGAUAAAGGACAAGGAGGCACAAAUGGUGAUGAUGGUGAACAAGGAGUCAAAGGAGUUAAGGGUGCUGCAGGUUUCGCAGGUUUCCCAGGGUUUAAGGGGUCAGCAGGAAUUCCAGGAAGGGAUGGUGAUGAGGGACCACCGGGACAACCAGGACCCCAUGGGGACCGGGGGUCAAAGGGGGAUCAGGGCAGACGGGGGAGAACAAAGCCGUGUCAGAGAGGAGCACCUGGGAAUCCAGGACUAAGAGGAGCCAGUGGUUUUGUUGGUGUUGAAGGAGGAAAGGGGGAGAAAGGGGAGCCUGGACUCUCGGCUGAAGAAGUGAAGGAGCUGGUCACCCAGGAGGUGGUAGAAAAGUGUGGGUUGGAGUACAAGUUCAUGGUGAAGUCUGUAGAUCCAGACGGAACCAACUCAAUGACAGAGAAGAAAGUUGUCCCAACUGAUGUGGUGAUAUCCCUCAGUCGUGACCUCCACAACCAAGGCGUGUCUGAAGAUGGCGAUGAAGUGUAUGAAUAUGGAGACGAUGUGGGAGAAAUGUCGAGUCCUGCUCCUGUGAUACUCGAGGAAACAGGGAUCCAAACAAACCACACUGAAUCUUCAGAAGGAGGGGCUGCAGAGUGGGGGCAGAGGAGGAAAAGACGGGUAUUUGGAACAAACGCUUUUGUUUCAGCAGCGGAACAAUGCCUGGAGCCGAUGUCUGAGGGCUCGUGCACGGAGUAUGUUCUGCUCUGGUACUUCCACCCUCGCUCAGGAGAGUGCAGGCCGUUUGUGUACGGUGGAUGUGGAGGAAACAGAAACCAGUUUAACUCCAGACAGGAGUGCCAGAGCUGGUGUGGGAAGGAGAGGAGUAGGGAGAACCAAUCAGAUCACAGAGAAAGUAUACACUGAUACACCUGAUCAAACGAGUAAGACUUCACAAAGGUUUGGUUGUACAGUUUUUAUGUCUACUGUAGCUGCAACAAGACUCAUUGGUACAUUUAUCUGCUCACAUUUAUCACAGAGAUAAAAAACACUUCAACAUUUUGUACAUAAGUGUGUAAAGUCUUAUAAAUGUGUGUGUCAUAUUGGAUUUAUUUAUAUAUUUUGCAGCGUUUCUUACUUUUGUUAAAAAACAAAAUGUGAAUGUCAAAAAUAUGUUGAUUUAUACAUAUAUUUCUGAAACACAGCAAGUUUUUCCAGCGUCAAAUGAUCUAUACUCACA